AUGCAUUUCGCAACACUACUAUCCCUCGCAGCCCUCGCGACCAUCAGCACAGCCAAAACACCAGGCUGCGGCAAAGACAUACCUGCCAAAUUCCCAACAGCAGGAUCAAGCCGGAACCUCACCCUCCCAGACACAAACCGACUAUACAGACUAUACAUCCCGGCCAACUAUGACAAGAAUAAGCCAACACCGGUAUACUUCUCCUUCCACGGGGCGUCGCGCGACAUGCUAGAGGAAGAAAAUCUAUCCCAAUUCUCAAACCCAGAAUUCAACCCCGACGGAAUUGCCAUCUAUCCAUACAGCAAGAAUGGGUACUGGCUCUCCAACCCCUUUGCAGACACAUCGCGUCCCAAUGAUCUAGACUUCACCAACGAUCUGCUCACGCACGUGGAAGAAGCCCUCUGCGUCGACACAAGCAGAGUAUACUCGGCGGGCAAGUCGAAUGGCGGUGGUUUCACCGGAGUCAUUGCCUGCAACGCCACGGUUGGAAGCCGGUUUGCGGCGUUUGCGGCUGUCAGUGGCGCCUGGUAUGAUACAGACAAUAUAGAAGGAGUGGGGCCGUGUGCCCCCGCAAAGCGGGACGCGGGAUAUCCUUUCUUGGAGAUUCAUGGUACGAUGGAUACGACGGCGCCUAUCGAUGGUGACACGAAGAAUAUUCGUGUUCCUAAGCUGCCUGUCAUUGAUAUCCUGGAGGGCUGGGCUGGUCGAAAUGGAUGUGGGGACAAUGCGAAGUGGAGCAGGAAUGAGACUGUCUUUGAAGAUCCGCUUGUGAAGCAUGCUUCUUGGGACUGUAAAGGGAAGAAAGGUAUUGUUCAGCAUUAUCGCGAGGCUGAAAAUGGCCAUUGCUGGCCAAGUACUGUUGGCAAUGAUGACUAUGUCCGAAAUUCCGCACAGUGCCCGUUGGGUAAGUCGGCUUUCAAUGCGACUGCAUACAUAUUCAACUUCUUCAAGGAUGAUCACUUGGACAAGUCUGACACACCUGACGAACCAAGUACUAAUGGUACCUUUGUUACUCAAGAUGAGAACCAAAGCUCAAAGCUUUUACGCCCCAUGUCCAUCCACGCUUUGUAUCUUAUGGCUUCAGCGGUUGUGAUUAACUCGAUGGAUAUUUAA